GAGUCUGCAUGGAGCUCUACAAUGUGUUUAUAAACUACAGAGCGCUGUUAUAUUGUAUUAUUUUGAAAGGUCCGGGUUGUAGUGUGGUAGGAGCGCGUUGUUUUAUCCGUUCAGACACUGAGGGAGAGCAGAGAGGAGGUGAGAGAGUCUGCAUGGAGCUCUACAAUGUGUUUAUAAACUACAGAGCGCUGUUAUAUUGUAUUAUUUUGAAAGGUCCGGGUUGUAGUGUGGUAGGAGCGCGUUGUUUUACCCGUUCAGACACUGAGGGAGAGCAGAGAGGAGAUUUGGGGUGGCUGCAAACAGCUCUCACCUGAAGAGAAGAAAGGACACAUUCACUGCAGCUCCCCCAGCAGAGAAAGGCAGCGACUCCCUCUCGAAGAGAACAAAGAGAGGCUAACAGCAUGCAGCUGACACCCAGGGAGGGGGCGUGUUCUUGUGCGUGGAACUGCAAGAGAGGGGUUUAAAUAUGCAGUGCAGUCUAGUCUACACAGAUUACCUGUUGUUAUCUGUUUGAGCUGCCUAUUUGCUCUGGAGAGAAGAAUCGAGACGGUCAGAGUGAGCGACUGGAGCACUAGAGCCGUGCUGCAGAUCCUAUUGACAAUACCUGAAGACUGCCUUAUCUUGGUGGAAGCCAAGGAGGAAAGAUGGAUUCUGUUUACAUUAAACAGGAGGAGGAGGGUCUGGAAUUGUUUCCUCUCCACAUUAAAGAAGAGACUGAACUGGAGUCUGUCCACAUUAAAGAAGAGACUGAACUGGAGUCUGUCCACAUUAAAGAAGAGACUGAACUGGAGUCUGUCCACAUUAAAGAAGAGACUGAACUGGAGUCUGUCCACAUUAAAGAAGAGAGUGAACUGCAGCUUGUCCACAUUAAAGAGGAAGAGCCUGAACUGCAGCCUGUCCACAUUAAACAAGAGACUGAACUGGAGCCUGUCUACAUUAAGGAAGAAGAGACUGAACUGCAGUCUUUCCACAUUAAAGAAGAGACUGAACUGGAGCCUGUCCAUGUUAAGGAAGAAGAGACUGAACUGGAGCCUGUCCAUGUUAAGGAAGAAGAGACUGAACUGCAGCUUGUCCACAUUAAAGAAGAGACUGAACUGGAGCCUGUCCAUGUUAAAGAAGAGACUGAACAGGAGCCUGUCCAUGUUAAAGAAGAGGAGACUGAGCUGGAGCCUGUCCACAUUAAACAGGGAGAGACUAAACUGGAGCCUUUCUACAUUGAAGAGUCUACUGACUUGUCGUUUAAGGAUUUAGAAAACAUAUCCCAGAAAAAGAUAUCACAUCAAUGUAGUGAAUGUGGGAAGAACUUGAGCCAUUUAGGAAACCUAAAAAGGCACCAGAGAAUUCACACUGGAGAGAAGCCGCAUCACUGCACUGACUGUGGGAAGAGCUUCAGUCAGUCAGGACACCUAAAAUCACACCAGCGAACUCACACUGGAGACAAGCCGCAUCACUGUGCUGACUGUGGGAAGAGCUUCAAUGAGUUAGGAGACCUAAAAACACACCAGCAAAUUCACGCUGGAGAGAAGCCACAUCAGUGCAUUGACUGUGGGAAGAGAUUUGGUCUGUUACGAGGCCUAAAAAGACACCAGCGAAUUCACACUGGAAAGAAGCCAUAUCACUGCACUGACUGUGGGGAGAGCUUCAGUCGGUUAGAAAGCCUAAAAAAACACCAACGAAUGCACACUGGAGAGAAGCCGCAUCACUGCUCUGACUGUGGGAAGAGCUUUAGUCAGUUAGGAAGCCUAAAAACACACGAGAGAAUUCACACUGGAGAGAAGCCAUAUCACUGCUCUUUGUGUGGGAAGAGCUUCAGUCGGUUAGGAAGCCUAAAACAACACCAGCGAAUUCACCCUGGAGAGAAGCCGUAUCACUGCUCUAAAUGUGGGAAGAGUUUCAGUCUGUCAGGAUACCUAAAAAGACACCAGCGAAUUCACAGUGGAAAGAAGCUGCAUCACUGUACAAAAUGUGGCAAUACAUUUGCUUUCUGUGGUCGAGUGAAAAGACAUAAAUGCCAGUUUUGAAAAUGCAGAUGAAACUGAUAGGGGUAAUGAAUAGUACAUGAAUAACAUCAUGAAUAAGGGCCGGCAUAAUUACAUGAAAAGGCCUAAUAUAUAUAUAUAUUAGCUCAAAGUGCCAGCUGCCCAACAUUUCGAUAUGUUGUACAUAUCUUUCUCAAGGGAGCCUGUGUUUGAAUCAAAACAUUGGAGGUAUUUAUAGGAUUUUGACGGCAUGACGACUACUUGUUAUUGUUUACAUUCAUUCCAUGAUUUAUUCUUACAUGAUGUAAUGGUGUUCUAUAUAUUGUGACAUCAUUUUUACUUCUAUCUUUGAAUCUGUAUUAAUUCUAAUUAACACUACUUUAUAUAAACAUAUAUUUUUAUUAUAUCAUGCAAUGCUGGCUCUGAGGAUCAGUCUAGAUUUGGCCUCCCCAGCGCAUCAGCAUGCACAACUUUUGAAUGAAUUUUGAAUAUACGUACAUACAUACAUACAUAUUAAAUGAGGAUUUUUUCCACUUAUCAACACACCAUACUCCACACUGUUAAGGGGAAAAAAGUUUUUUUAUUGAGAAAAAGAUGAUAUAUUACAAAUACAAAACUGGAAGAUCAUAAUUGGAUAAGUCUCCAACCCCCUGAGUUAAUACUUGGUUGAAGCACCUUUGGCAGCAAUUACAGCUGUGAGUCUGUUGGGAUAAGUCUCUAACAACUUUGCACACCUUCACAGUAGGGAUGAUGUUGUUUGGGUGAUGUGCUGUUUUGGGUUUGCGCUAAAAACAUAAUGCUUUGCAUUUAGGCCAAAAAUAUUUGCCACAUGGCUACAGAAUCUUCUGAGUUUUUUUUAGCAUACGGGAUUCAAGGUGGGCUUUCUUGAGUAAUGGCUUCCUUCUUGCCACCCUACCAUACAGGCCAGAUUUGUGGAGUGCUUGGGAUAUUGUUGUCACAUGCACACUUUGACCAGUCUUGGCCAUAAAAGCAUGUAGCUCUUGCAAAGUUGCCAUUGGCCUCUUGGUAGCCUCUCUGAUCAGUCUCCUUGCUCAGUCAUCUAGUUAGGAGGGACGGCCUGAUCUAGGCAGGGUCCUGGUGGUGCCAUAUACCUUCCACUUCUUAAUAAUCGUCUUGACCAUGCUCCAAGGGAUAUUCAAGGCCUUUGAUAACUUUGUCCCGGAGUUCUUUUGAAAGCGCCUUGAUGCUCAUGGUUGAGUCUUUGCUUUGAAAUGCACUACCCAGCAGAGAAAACCUACAGGAACUGCUGAAUUUACCCUGAAAUCAUGUGAAUCACUAUAAGGUUACACCUGAGCUAAUUUAGGAUUUCUAUUACUAGGGGGGUGGACACUUAUCCAACCAAGCUAUUUCAGUUUUUAUUUUUAAUUAAUUUUAUACAAAUUUCUAGAAUAUUUUUUUCACUUGGAAGUUGUGGGGUACGAUGUGUAGAUAAAUGAAAAAAAAAAAAAAUUUUUAAUGCAUUUUAAUUCCAGGCUAUAAGGCAAAGGUGAACAUUUUGAAAGGGGGUAUAUGUAUAUAUAUAUAUAUAUAUAUAUAUAUAUAUAUAUAUAGAUAUAUAUAUAGAUAUAGAUAGAUAUAGAUAGAUAUAGAUAUAACUAAAUCAUUUAGAAUUACCAUCUGUACCAGUACCAAAAAUUUGAAACUUUCUUACAUCAAAUGUGAAAAAAAACUUAAAUACCUCUUAUGAGCUGUAAGUCGUCAAACUAAGGUAAAAUUGUUAUUCUGUUUUUUCUGCUGCUUCCUCUUCCGUUUUAAUUGUGUGUAGCGUCGUUUCAAGCAGUUUCACAUGUUGGUCAACAUCAAAAUAAACCAGGGAGUUUGAUAUCCACACCAUUUAUAUUAAACAAUUUAUUUAUGUUUUUAAACAGCACAUAACGCACAAAAAAUAAAAUACCGUUGUUUGAACUGCAGCAUCAGGUCCUUCAAGAGCACAUGGCCUUAGCCCACUGCGCCACUCCGCUGUAGUUGAAAUGCAUACAUUUUUUAGGCUUACAUCCAUGCCUGACCAGCUUUCGCUGAAAACACGAAGGUUUUGCUCGAUUCAAGAAAUUUUCCAUUUCUUGUUUGAAAAUAUCCAGUUUCCUGUUUGUUUGGUAGAUAAGAUAUAUCUCACUAUUUACCGUGUUCAAUUUUAUACUGAUAUUGCUAGUUUAUAUUGCUGUAAAACAAGACAAUUUUACCAGCAAAGCAUUUUGCUUAAUUUUGCAUUUAUUAUAAGUCUGCAUUAUUAAUGUGCCAUAUAUUUAUUGUUAAUUUGUUUUACUGCAAACUGUGCCAAUAAGCACAGCUGGGACAUUAUCAGAUGUUAUCCAUUUAAAGUACAAUUGCAUGCAUUAUGCUGCUUCUGUAAUUUGAAGAAGACCCCAAACAGCUUUUCUUUCAGUUUAUGGUGUGCACAAUUCUACAACUACACGGGAGAUACUGAAGUUGAAGAAGGAAUCUACAAAAAAAGAGCUAGGAGUUUAUGUUGACUCAGAAACGUCUUCAUCUAGACAAUGUGGGAAGCUAUAAAAAAGGCCAACAAGAUGCUCGGAUAUAUGGUGAGAAAUGUUGAAUUUAAAUAAAGAGAAGUAAUGUUAAAACUUUACAAUGCAUUAGUCUGGUCACCUCGUUACAAAAAGGAUAUUGCUGCUCUAGAAAGAGUGCAAAGAAGAGCAACCAGAAUUAUCCCGGGUUUAAAAGGCAUGUUGUAUGCAGACAGGCUAAAAGAAUUGAAUCUAUUCAGUCUUGAACAAAGAAGACUAUGCUGCGAUCUGAUUCAAACAUUCAAAAUCCUAAAAGGUCUAGACAAUGUCAACCAAGGGGACUUUUUUGACCUGAAAAAAGAAACAAGGACCAGGGAUCACAAAUUGGGAAUAAAGGGGUAUUCAGAACAGAAAAUAGUAGGCACUUUUUACACAGAGAAUUGUGAGGGUCUGGAACCAACUCCCCAGUAAUGUUGUUGAAGCUGACACCCUGGGAUCCCUCAAGAAGCUGCUUGAUGAGAUUCUGGGAUCAAUAAGCUACUAACAACCAAACAAGCAAGAUGGGCUGAAUGGCCUCCUCUCGUUUGUAAACUUUCUAAUGUUAUUAUGUGCUUUUAGUCCUUAAUAUACUGUAUACAUGGUUUAUAUAGCUCCAAUCCAUAAACUGUAUUAAACCAAAAUCAUGAAAAUACUGUCAAUAUAUCAGUGCAACUGCCUUAUCGAUAUAAAUGAUUUAAACAUGUUUAAACAGUAAAGCAUACAUAAAAGUUGCAGUUAUUUUAUCACUGCAUUGAUCAUUAGUACAUUAAAAAAAACAUCAAAGUCCCAGCAUACAUUAUAUUAGCAGAGUGUGACAUUAACAGAAGUGACAUUAAAUUUGACAACUGUGGCUACAUCUGUCUUCUUUUCACACAUUUACACUGUAAAACCACAGAAAGUGUGACAUGUUUAAUAUCUAAAUUGCAUGUGUGUAUAGUAAAAAAUAGAAGUGCUCUAUUCCUGAACAGCAGUGUUUAUACGUAAUUUGGUAUAGCACUGGUGUUUAGUCAUUUGGAACUCUAUAAAUAAUUGUUAAACACUAUGUGUUUAAUCUAUGGCAUGUUUGCUAUACUUAAACUUUUAGAUUUUAAACACCAGCCCUAUUAUAAAUGCGUAUGAAUGGGCUCCCGAGUGGCACAUCCAGUAAAGGCGCUCUGUGCGGAGUGCAAGAUGUGCCCUAUAGCCUGGAGAUCGCAAGUUCGAAUCCAGGCUAUGUCACAGCCGACCGUGACCGUGAGUUCCUAGGGGGUGGCUCACAAUUGGCCAAGUGCUACCCGGGUAGGGAGGGUUUAGGUUGGCAGGGGAAUCCACUGCUCACUGUGCAUCAGCGACCCCUGCGCCUCAUAGGGCACCUGUGGUUCUGCAGUGGUGAGCCAAGGAUACAGAUAAUAAUUGGGGAGAAAACUGUGGUAUAAAAAAUAUUUGCCGACGACUAAAUAAUACCUUAAUUCAUAAACACAUUUAAAAUCAUAAACCCAGUGACAUGUUUGAAAAGUGUGACAAGUGUUUUACAGUGUAGCUUUUCACAAACAACAUUUUACCCAAAUGUAUGACGGUCAGACACCUGGUAUUGCUCAUUACAUACUCUUAUCUUGGCUACUGUACUUUCUGUGCUUCAACAAUUUUUUCUGUUUUCUUGGAUUAUUUGAAGUAGUUUUUUCUUUAUACCAUAGUUUUCCCCUACAACAAAAAAAUGUCUGCAAAACCAUUACUUUUGUUUAAAUCGACACAUUACUUUGUAUCCAGACUUGGGGCCAACAGUGUCAAGUAGUGGUUAGGGAUCUGGAUUCUUGACCAGAGGAUCGUGGGUUCAAUCCCAGGUGGUGGACACUGCUGUUGUACCCUUGAGCAAAGUAUUUUACCUAGAUUCAGUAUAAACAACUGGAUAAAUGGGUAAUUGUAUGUAAACAUAACAUGAUAUAACUGACAAUUGUAAGUCACCCUGGAUAAGGGCGUCUGCUAAAAAAUAAAUAAUAAUUUAAAUGCAAUCUGCUGAACUAUUUGCAUUUGACUAGGUAUUUGUAUAUUUUGAAAUACAAUAAUUUGCAUUUGAAUUUAAAAUCAUGGGAUAGCUUAAAAAAUAUUUCAAUUUCAAAUGCAUUAAAUACUUUUCAAUAAUAAUGCUCAUAAUAAAGUAGAAAGACUUCAGUAUUGCUGGUAAAGUUGAUUAACCUGAAAGAUGCAAACUAAGACACCUUUGAGAACUUCAUAUUCAUUAAAUGUAACAAUCAAAACAAGUAAAACGAAUAAACUGCAUUGCACACAUAUACAAAUAUAUACAUAGAGUGCCUUGCAUAAGUAUUCACCCCCCUUGGACUUUUCCACAUUUUUGUAGUGUUACAACCUGGAAUUAAAAUGGAUUUAAUUGGUAUUUUUACCAUUUGAUUUACACAACAUACUUAACACUUUGAAGGUGCAAAAUAUUUUUUAUUGUGACACAAAAGUUAAUUAAACAAAAAAAAGACAAUUUUUGCUUGCAUAAGUAUUCACCCCCUUGAGUCAAUACUUGGUAGAAGCACCUUUGGCAGCAAUUACAGCUGUGAGUCUUUUUGGGUAAGUAUCUACCAGCUUUGCACAUCUGGAUCCUGCAAUUUUUGCCCAUUCUUCUUGGCAAAAUUGCUCAAGCUCUGUCAAGUUAGAUGGGGACCUUUGGUGAACAGCAAUUUUCAAGUCUUGCCACAGAUUCCCAAUCGGAUUGAUGUCUGGGCUUUGACUGGGCCAUUCUAAGACAUUCAGGAUCUUGUUUUUAAACCACUCCAGUGUAGCUUUGGCUGUGUGUUUAGGGUCAUUGUCCUGCAGUCUCUUGCAGACUGAAAAAGGUUUUCCUCUAGAAUUUCCCUGUAUUUGGCUCCAUCCAUCUUGCCCUCAAUUCUAACCAGUUUCCCAGUCCCUGCCGAUGAAAAGCAUCCCCAUAACAUGAUGCUGCCACCACCAUGCUUCACCGAGUGGAUGGUGUUUUCAGGGUGAUGAGCAGUGUUGGCUUUACGCCACACAUAGCGUUUUGCGCUAAGGCCAAAAAGUUCAGUUUUUGGUCUCAUCAGACCAGAGAACCUUUUUCCACAUGUUUGCUGUGUCUCCCACAUGCCUUUUGGCAAAAUCCAAACAGGAUUUGAUAUGGGUUUUUUUCAGCAAUGGCUUUCUUCUCGCCACUCUUCCAUAAAGACCACCCUUAAAUGUGCUUUAUUUGCUCUUAUCUGCCCCCUAUUUUACUGCAUUUAAUCCUGUACUUCAGAGUACUGUAAUCUGCAAGUGUUUAAUCUGUAAUAUUUUGUAGUUAAUCAUAUCUUGAUGUAACUAUCACUGUCACUGUUAUCUGCUGUAUUAUUGAAUUGUAUUUUGUCACACUUGUACUUACUUGAACCAAAGUCAUUGUAUUUAUCUUGCUCUUAUUGUAUUACUUGUACUGUAACACUUGAAAUGUAUUUGCUUACGAUUGUAACUAGCACUGGA